AUGACAUAUUCCGAAAAAUCGCGCGAAAAGCGAUCGUCAUCAUUUUCGCGGUACUCGUUCGACGGCGACAGUCCCUUGCCACCAUUCGUAGCCAUGACAUCCAGCAGCGCCAUCGAUGGUGGAGAUUGGGCGGCCAAAUUCGGCCCUGUCAUGACGACGGACGACAUCGUGAUCCAGAACACUGUCGAGUACGUGCGUGGCAUGCUGGCAUCGAACGAUGCGUCCCACGAUUGGAAUCACAUUGAACGCGUGUGGCGCCUGAGCGUGCGUAUUGCAACGGAGGAGCAUGUGGAGCGUAUGGACUGCGUCGUGUUGGCGGCAUUGCUUCACGACAUCGACGAUUGGAAAUACACGGGCUCGGACUCGACCGACCGCGCUCGCGCGUUCCUUCAUACCCAGCCCCUCGACGUGGACAAGAUUGAGUUUGUGCUCAAAAUCAUCAACGGCAUUGGGUUCAAAGAAGAACUAGGCGCCAAAAAGGUAGUCCAACAUCGAACCUAUAUAAUGUCGACGAUGAUUCCGUGGGUACCCUGCCAGAUCUCCAUGUUUCCAGAGCUCGCGUGUGUCCAAGACGCUGACCGACUGGACGCGAUUGGAGCCAUUGGCAUUGCGCGCUGCCUCACGUACGGAGGCCACAAGAAGCGCGUAUUGUACGAGCCGUCCGUUCCGCCGUUGAUGGCUAUGGACAAGGCCGCGUACAUGGCCAACAAACACGGUCCGACGCUCAACCACUUUUACGAGGUACAGUAACUUAUCGACUAGUAUUGCAAUGUCAAGAGUGAUUGACUGGAACUGGUGCGGAAGAAACUGUUUAAAUUGAAAGACAUGAUGAAAACUCCCACGGGCCAGCGCAUUGCCCAAGCGCGCCACGAGUACAUGGUCGAAUUUGUCGAAAGGAUGCAAGCGGAAGUGGCAGGCUUGCUAUAAAUAGAAACCACCAAUCCAAGGCAAGCCCUGCCUGCUCAUGCUACA